UAUUUGUGACCCCAAUCCUUGUGAAAAUGGGGGUAUCUGCUUGUCAGGAUUGUCUGAUGAUUCCUUUUCCUGCAAAUGUCCAGAUGGCUUCACAGGUCCCAACUGUUCUAGUGUUGUGGAGGUUGCAUCAGAUGAAGAAGAGCCCACUUCAGCAGGUCCCUGCACUCCUAAUCCAUGCCAUAAUGGAGGAACCUGCGAAAUAAGUGAAGCAUACCGAGGAGAUACAUUCAUAGGCUAUGUUUGUAAAUGUCCCCGAGGAUUUAAUGGGAUUCACUGUCAGCACAAUAUAAAUGAAUGCGAAGCUGAGCCCUGCAAAAAUGGUGGGAUAUGUACAGACCUUGUUGCUAACUAUUCCUGUGAGUGCCCAGGGGAAUUCAUGGGAAGAAAUUGUCAAUACAAAUGCUCUGGCCCACUGGGAAUUGAAGGGGGAAUCAUUUCAAAUCAGCAAAUCACAGCUUCAUCUACCCACCGAGCUCUUUUUGGACUCCAGAAAUGGUAUCCCUACUAUGCACGUCUGAAUAAGAAGGGACUUAUAAAUGCCUGGACAGCUGCAGAAAAUGACAGAUGGCCAUGGAUUCAGAUCAAUUUACAAAGAAAAAUGAGAGUUACUGGUGUGAUUACUCAAGGAGCCAAGAGGAUUGGAAGUCCAGAGUAUAUCAAAUCCUACAAAAUAGCCUAUAGUAAUGAUGGAAAGACUUGGACAAUGUACAAAGCGAAAGGCACCAAUGAAGACAUGGUAUUCCAUGGAAAUGUUGAUAACAACACACCCUAUGCUAACUCUUUCACACCCCCCAUAAAAGCUCAGUAUGUGAGACUCUAUCCCCAAGUUUGUCGAAGGCAUUGCACUUUGAGAAUGGAACUUCUUGGAUGUGAACUGUCAGGCUGUUCUGAGCCUCUGGGGAUGAAAUCAGGACAUAUACAAGACUAUCAGAUCACUGCCUCCAGCAUCUUCAGAACUCUCAAUAUGGACAUGUUCACUUGGGAACCAAGAAAAGCCCGGCUGGACAAGCAGGGCAAAGUGAAUGCCUGGACCUCCGGCCACAAUGACCAAUCACAGUGGCUACAGGUGGACCUUCUAGUCCCCACCAAAGUGACUGGCAUCAUCACACAAGGAGCUAAAGACUUUGGUCACGUGCAGUUUGUAGGGUCCUACAAGCUAGCUUACAGCAAUGACGGCGAACACUGGACAGUGUACCAGGAUGAAAAACAGAGAAAAGAUAAGGUUUUCCAGGGGAAUUUUGACAAUGAUACUCACAGGAAAAACGUCAUUGAUCCUCCCAUCUAUGCACGGCACAUAAGGAUCCUUCCUUGGUCCUGGUAUGGGAGGAUCACACUGAGGUCGGAACUGCUGGGCUGCACAGAGGAAGAGUGAAGAGAUAUCACAGGCCUGCUCUCUAUUUUCCUUAAGUAUCUCCAUGGAAUGAACUCUGCAAAAUCUAUAGGAAACUGAACAGGAUUUUUCAUGAAAAGUGCUCAAAUUACGGUAGGCCACUAACUGUCUUCUUAAGGAGGUCUAAGCCUGCCUUUUCAAUGGUUUAAUUUGAUUUUUAUCGUUUAAAUUCCUUAAGCAACAUCACAUUAACUGUGAAUUAGUUUUUUCAUUGUUUUCUUAUUCAUACUGGUUGAAAUGUAUUAGGCAAAGAAAGUAGCACUCUUGAUAGCAAGGGUAAAACAAUCUUAUAGUUAUCAAAUAAAAGCAAGAGUUGUCAGAGCUUUCAUGAUCAAUACUGAACUUAUAAAAAGAAUACUGCAAUGUUAGCAAUAAGUUUUGUCCUUCUGUAAUGAGUCUAUAUUAUCCUAAUUAUUUCCUGGUGCCUACCAAACACUGUCAGUGUUUGUAAUCGAAUUUUGAAGAUGAAUCUGUAACAUGCAGUACUAAUUGAUAAUUUUCAUUUGAC